AUGGCGAGGCGGUCGGUGCAUCGGAGGCAGGAGUUCAGCUUCGCGGGGGACUCGCCGACGCCGUCGCCGUCGCGGGGCGCGCUGCCUCCCCGGCCGCCGGUGGCGGCGACGGCGAACCCGAUGGCGCCGCGCGCGGGGGAGGAGGACUUCCGCUGGCUGCAGGCGUCGGGGCAAGGCUCGCCCGAGUCCGGCUCCGGCUCCGGCACGCCGUCGCCGCAGCUCUGGGCGCACCGCGAGCAGGACCACCACCACGACCGGCUCUACCCGGCCUCCGCCGGGAGCUCCCCGUCGCGCGCGCAGGCCAUCGCCGGCUACCGCCGCGAGAUGCUCGACCUCGUCCGCGGCCUCCCCGAGGCCGCCUACGAGCUCUCUCUCCGCGACAUCGUCGAGUCCCGGCCAUCCCCGCUCCCUCCUCCUCCACCACCACCACCGCCACCCCCGACCCAACCGUACGCCGUCGCUAUGCAAGAACGAGGAGGCGGCGAGCCCAAGAAGGACGUCCCUGCGGCAGCCAUAGACAACGACGAGGCCAAGAAACCGAGCGACAGCGGUGGCAAGAAACAGGGGAAGGCAAGAAAGCAGAGGACGAUGGGGAGGACGCGAAGCCGGAGCAUGGAGCGCAGCGUGAGCCUGGACACCGGCCUGCUCAUCAAGCUCUUCCUGCCGCUCUCCGGCGGCCGGAAGAAGAAGGUGUCGCCCAAGCCCGCCGCGGUCGCCCCCGCCAAGGACGGCAGGAAGAAGACCAAGACGAAGAAGAAGAAGAAGCAGGGGAAGAAGGAGGAGGAGGAGGAGUGGUGGAAGAAGAGCGAGUUCAGCCAGGCGGGCAGCAGCAGCGGCAGCAGCAACAGCAGCGCCAGCAGGAACAGUGGAAUUGGAAUUGGAAAUGGAAAUGGCGGCAGCGAUCCAAAAGCUCCGACCAGGAGUAGGAGCAGAAAGAGAAUCGGGUGCUAUGGUUUCUUCGGGGCAAACAAGGGCAAAAAUGGGGUCAUCCAGGAAUAA